GCAGACGAGAACGGCUGGACUCCCUUGACCCUUGCGGCCGACAAAGGGCAUUACGAUACAGUUGAGCUGCUAUUGGAUCGAGGUGUUAAUACCGAGCAGAGAUGUACCAAUCGAUGGACAGCUCUCUGCAUGGCUGCAAACCGCGGCGACCUCAGAAUGGCCAUGCUCCUGGUUAGUCGUGGAGCAGACGUCAUGGCCAAGGCCGUCGGUGGGUGGAGUCCUAUUACACUGGCUGCGACGAAUGGCCACCUGGAUAUAGUCAAUCUAUUGCUCGCCUACGGGGCUGACAUCCAUAUGAAGACUCUGUCAGGCUGGACGCCGCUCAUGGCUGCUUCGGACGGUGGCCACGCCUCACUGGCCAACAUCCUCCUCAUCUGCGGCGCUGAUACGAAAGGCUUCCGGCUUGACCAUCUUGACAACCUAGGCCGCUCGGCAUUCUUCCACGCCGCUAUGCGAGGGCACACAAAGGUCAUCAAGAGGCUAUUACCCUUGACCAGCAUGGCCAACGCGAGGGACAAGUUUGGGUCGACUCCCAUCUUUGCGGCUGCUAGAAACGGACACCGCAAAGUGGUAGAGCUCCUUGUUAAC